GCCAUGGCCCUGUGGACACGCCUGCUGGCCCUGCUGGCCCUGCUGGCCCUCGGGGCGCCCACCCCCGCCCGGGCCUUCGCUAACCAGCACCUGUGCGGCUCACACCUGGUGGAGGCGCUGUACCUGGUGUGCGGGGAGCGCGGCUUCUUCUACACGCCCAAGGCCCGCCGGGAGGUGGAGGACACUCAGGUGGGCGGCGUGGAGCUGGGUGGAGGCCCGGGUGCGGGCGGCCUGCAGCCCCUGGGCCCGGAGGGGCGCCCGCAGAAGCGCGGCAUCGUGGAGCAGUGCUGCGCCAGCGUCUGCUCGCUCUACCAGCUGGAGAACUACUGCAACUAG